AUUUUCCAACGAAUCGGGAGUUUCUCGACCGAGCUGCUCUGGCGUUAAAAGAGACAAACAUCACAAACGAAGAAAUAAUACACCAACAUUAAUGGAACAAUUGAAUGAUCCACUUAUUAAUAAUAAUAAGUCUGACACUCCGUGUAAAAAUAACAGAAAAUCUCAAAGUACCGAUGAAGAAAUCAGUCUUAAGUAUUUCUCGGAUUUCGAUAGUCCAAUGAAGAGCUUUAAUUCAUCAACAGAGAGUAAAACUAAUAAACCUGAAAGCAAAAACCCGCGCAAGACAUCGUCAAUUAAACGUUCUCUAACUGAGGCACUUCUCAAAAUCGAUAAAGUGAAUGAGAACAUAAGGAAGUUUAUUAGUGAUACGAAGCAUGAAACACAGCAUGCCUACCAAUCUAAAAGUGAAGAACAAAAAGAAAACGGUAACGAGGAAAUAGCAUUUGAUGCAGUGAAUUCUUCAAAACGUUCUGUUAAAAGAAUGAUAUCGUUCGAAUAUGGCGCGACUGGAAGUGACGAUGAAAUUGAAAAUGCCGAUAUACUAAAAGAAAUUGUAUUGGACACGCACAAAACCAUCUUCCCAACUGAGAAAAAAGAAUCUGAAAAAAAUAUCGUCACGAGUCAGCCACCACGGCAAGGCGAGUGCGACCAAUGUGCAUAUAUAGAGACGAAUUAUCUUGCUCUGUAUACGAAACUGAAAAUGGCGAUUGCUAAGCUAAAAGAGAAAAGACACAUUAUAUGUAAAAAUGAAUCGACGAUUGAACAUCUCAAUAAAAAGAUAGAAGAACUCACAAGCGAGAUUACUACUCUAAGGAUGGCGGAAUUCGAAGUAAGAGAUAUGAAUUUAAAAAACAGGAUAUUAGGAAAGGAGUUGCAGGAAUUUAGACGUUUAAUUACGGAGAUUGGAAAGGAAUAUAAACAGAAGUUAACAAAUUACUACGAACAAGUGAUAAUGCAUGAAAAGGAAAAAAUUGCUAACGAGAAGGACAAGAUUAUGCUCAAAUUGGAACAAAGAAACAUCGAGAUGUUGAAAAACAUUGAGAUAAACCAGAAGGAGUUGACCUAUGUUACAAAGCAAUUAGAACUCAUACAUAAGGAGUAUUUCAGUUUUAAAAAACAAAUGUUCGAGAGACGUUUGGACGACCAAUACGAAAAAACUAAGAUCUCAAUAGAGAAGAUCAAAUAUUUUUACGAAAUUACACUUAAUACAAUGACUGCAAUAAAGGCUACGUUUGAACAAAUUUUGGGAAAUGACAUGCACAUGAUGGAAACCUUACAAUUUUGGCAAGAUAAUAUCAAUUUCUUGAAUAAUGAGUUGAAAGAUUGUCAGGAAUUGUACACGCAAAUAAAUAUUCAGUUAAAAAAUAAAGAAUUUAUUAAUAGAAGCAACGACAUACCGUGGAUGGAAUAUAAGGCACCCAUACAUUCUACCACGACUUUGUCUAUAUUCGUGAACGACAUGUUGGUGGACUUUUAUAACAAAUUAAUAGAAAAGUGGAGCCUAGAUAUUUCAUCUAUCUCGCCAGAUAUGUUGUCAAGCAAAUACAAACCUCUUAAACAUGAAUAUUAUAAGACAAAUGUUAGCAGUGACGACCAAACUGCUGUACAUGAAGCGACGAACAAGCCAGUUGUCAGAGGCAUUGUACCUGAAACAAGCGUUUUACAAACGGAAAGGGACAGUCCUAUAGAUUUCACAUGUUUUGAAACUCUACAUCUCUCUUUAGAAUCAAAUGAAGAUGACAUAUCUAAGGUAUCGUUUACAGAUUAUGAAACUCAGAAAAUCCCAGUUGAGCUACCUGAAAGUUUUCUAGACUUUUUAGACAAUAAUGCCAACUACAGUGAAUGCGAAGAAGCAGAAAAAACUCUUAUCAAAUAUGACGAACAGCAAGAUAUUAAUCAAUUUUAUAAAUUAGUACAUUCAACACCGCAAAAUACAACUAUUUCAAACGAUGAUAAGAUGUUCUGGAAGCAGAAGAAAAGAGGCAAAUCGAUGACGGAGUAACGACAAGUAAUAAAGAAGUAACUUUAGAUAAGGUUGAUGAAGAUAUUAACAAGGAAAUAAUUACAAACAAGUUCGGUGGAACUAGUAAUGAAGAAGUAAUUCCAACGGAGCAAAGUGAUAGCAGUAACAGUACAAAAUAUUGUCCAAGGAAAACUACCUCAGGGAAUAGCUAUUCAAGAGAUAUUAGCUCAAAUGCAUUCCAUUCAGAAAAAGUUACUCCAGAGAAAACUACCUCAGAAGAAAUCUGUUCGGGAAAAGAUCAUUUAGAAGAGUACCUCUUCAGGAAAGGUUAGUUCUUAAGAAUUGUAAUAUCCGUGAGAAAUCAAUUGAAAAGUAUAUUUGUUGCAUAUUUUCUAUCUUUUAGAUUUAAAUUUUAUAUUGUCCUUUCCUGCUUGCUUCAUUUUAUGUAGUUUACUUUAUUAUUUCAUGAGAAAUCUUUCUCGAAUUCCUUGAUAUUAGAGGA